AUGAAUAUUAUAAAAAUAUAAGACCAUACAUGUUCUGUCUUCACAGUUCCCGAGAAUACUAAUCCCUGCCCAAAGGAAAGGAAAGGAAAAAUGGCUCUUCUGCAAUCACUUCAAGAGCAAUGGCCGCCAUAUAAGCUAAGUUCAACUUCAACCCGUUACCUAACUGUUUUCUUCUGCUUCGUUACUUUCCUUGUGUUUAUGGUUAAGCUAAGAAGAAGAAACAAGUUAAAUCUGCCUCCAUCGCCACCCAAGUUCCCCAUAAUUGGGAACCUCCAUCAACUAGGAACACUCCCACACCGCUCCUUCCACGCACUCGCACACAAAUAUGGCCCUCUUAUGAUGCUGCAACUUGGCCAAGUUCCAACCCUCGUGGUCUCAUCAGCUGACGUGGCCAAUGAAAUAAUGAGAACGCACGAUGUUGUUUUCUCCAACCGUCCACAACCUACGGCUGCAAGAAUCUUUCUUUACGGAUGCAACGAUGUGGGGUUUGCGCCCUACGGCGAAGAGUGGCGACAGAAGAAGAAGACAUGCGUGGUGGAGCUUUUCAGCGUGAAAAAGGUGCGGUCGUUUUGGUCCGUGAGGGAAGAGGUUGUGGCGGAGCUGGUGGAAGGCAUACGCGAAGCGCGUGGCAGCGGUGAAAAGGCGCGUGUGAAUCUGAGUGAGAUGCUGAUUGCGGCUUCGAACAACAUCGUGUCUAGAUGCGUUCUUGGACGGAAGUGUGAUGAUGCACAGGGUGGUGGGUUUGGAGUGCUUGGGAGAAAGAUUAUGAGACUCUUCACUGCUUUCAGCGUCGGUGAUUUCUUCCCCUCGUUGGCUUGGGUUGAUUCUCUCACUGGCCUCGUUCCGGAAAUGAAGGCGACGUUUCUGGAAGUAGAUGCUUUCUUUGAUGAGGUGAUUAAAGAACACGAGAGCAGAAAAACCAAGAACCAUGAGUCCGAUGCUGUGGACUUCGUGGGAACACUGCUUCAGCUUCAACAGAAUGGGAGGCUUGAUUUCCAGCUCAACCGAGACAACCUCAAAGCAAUCCUAAUGGACAUGAUAAUCGGUGGAAGCGACACUACUUCAACGAAUCUAGAAUGGGCUAUUGCAGAGCUCCUUAAAAAUCCAAAUACCAUGAAGAAAGCUCAAGAAGAGGUAAGAAGAGUUGUGGGAAUCAAUUCAAGAGUGGAUGAAAAUUGUGUGAAUCAAAUGAACUACUUAAAAUGUGUAGUCAAAGAAACUAUGAGAUUACAUCCACCCGUUCCACUUUUGCUUGCUCGAGAGACUGCAUCUAGUGUGAAAUUAAGAGAGUACGAUAUUCCCCCAAAAACAAUGGUGUUUAUCAAUGCAUGGUCAAUCCAAAGGGAUCCUAAAUUAUGGGACAAUCCUGAAGAGUUCAUUCCUGAGAGAUUUGAAAAUAGCCAAGUUGAUCUAAAAGGACAAGAUUUUCAAUUCAUCCCUUUUGGUAGUGGGAGAAGGGCAUGCCCUGCAAUUUCGUUUGGGCUUACUUCAAGUGAGUAUAUUCUUGCCAAUCUCCUAUAUUGGUUCAACUGGAAGAUUCCUGAGAAUGGUGUAUUGAUGCAAAGCAUUGACAUGAGUGAGACGAAUGGACUCACUGUUAGUAAGAAAAUACCUCUUCAUCUUGAGCCAGAAGCAUAUGACAUGAUCAUGUGAUAUUACAUGGUUUGCUCACACUAGAUUUUAGCUAAUGUUAGGUCGAUAUGAUGAAAUUACAAUAAAUUGUAUGACUCGAUCACCUAAAACGAUAAACAAUUUAUUGUUGGAUUCUUGAAUAUUGUGUCAUUUUUGUGUUUUUGAAUAUGUUGUCACUAUUAAAGUAUCAUCUUUGAAUAAAAUUUAUUUUUUUAA